AGAUGCCAAACCCCUCCAAAAAGUUACCAGCCUCUCAUCCCUUCACAAUCACUUUCCUUUUCUCAUUUCUCCCUCCCUCUCUUUUUCAUUUAUGUUCGCGCUGUUUCUAUCUGUUUCAAGUUUCAACUUUUUUCUUUCUUUAUUCCUCAAAAGCCAAUAAGAAAAAAAAAAUAUGAAACAAAAAACAAAAAGUUGACAAGUUUGAAACCUGAAAAUCAAUGAAACACUCACCACUAACAAUCCCACUUACUCCAUCACCAAUGGAUCGUCUCAUCACUCCCACCUUCCUCUCUCUUCUUCUCAUCACUUUCUCUCUCUUCCCAGGGGUGCAGUCAACAACUUUCAAGAUAGUAAACAAGUGCCAUCACACAGUAUGGCCUGGAAUACUAACUGGAGCUGACAGAGCACCCGUUAACCCGACCGGGUUCGUUCUUAAGAGUGGCAAAUCCAAGACUAUUAAAAUGCCCAGGGGUUGGUCGGGUCGGGUUUGGGGUCGGACCCUCUGCUCCAACAACCCAUCUACCGGAAAGUUCACUUGCCUCACCGGAGAUUGCGGCUCCGGCAAGGUGGAAUGCGCCGGUGCCGGAGCUAUACCUCCGGCGAGUUUGGCGGAGUUUACACUUAACGGUGACCAAGGGUUGGAUUUCUAUGACGUCAGCCUUGUUGAUGGGUACAACCUUCCAAUGCUUAUAGUUGCUAAAGGAGGUACAAGAGGGGGAUGCAGCGCUACUGGAUGUUUAGUGGACCUGAACGGCGCGUGUCCUCGAGACUUGAGGGUUGCGAGUGGGAGUGAGAGUGUUGGAUGUAAGAGCGCGUGUUUGGCAUUUAAUGAUCCGAUAUACUGUUGUAGUGAAGCGUACAAUACACCUGAUACGUGUCAUCCGUCGAGCUACUCGCUCUUCUUUAAGCACGCGUGUCCACGCUCUUAUAGUUAUGCUUAUGACGAUAAGACUAGUACCUUCACUUGUGCCUCUGCUGAUUACUUGAUCAUAUUUUGCCCUCUCCCUUAUACCAGCAUGAAAGUGUUAUCGCUUCGCAAGGAUCCAGCUGAGUUGCCACUGGUUAAUAAAACCAUGAUGUACAUCGGAAGGCAUCAUUGAAGUGGCUAAUUUACAGACAGAAGUUGAAGCUUUGGAUUUAUCCUGAACCCUAAUGCCGACAAUUCCUCAUUUAAAGUCGUGUGUGGGGAUCCUUCUCGUCGAUAACAACUGACAAUAAUUGUGUAUAAGAGUUUGUAGCUUCUUAUAAGUUUGUUACUUUUUCGUUUUCAAUCUAAAUUUUGCUCUCCAUUGCUUUUGGUGCUUGGAAGGAUUCAUAGUGUAAAGUCAUGGGCAUGUCAAUCAAGUUUUUUGGGAAAAGAAGUUUUAACCUAUUUUUAGUUGGGUCACAAC